AUGGGUCAAUGAGCACCUGAUUAUAGCUCAAGUCUAGUGCCCACCACCAUGUUGAUCUGGAUGGUUUUUGUCUGCCUGCAAACUUCUUGCAUUUUGGCACAACACAUUGGGUCAUAUGUGCAGGUAUCGGAGAAAGAACUCCAACUUUUGGCUUCAGAAAAUGACCCAAAGUGUUUUACGCGAACUGAUUAUGACUUCACAUGCUUUUGGGAGGCCAGGAGUGGACACUCUUACAUAUUUUCCUAUGUUGAUGAGGACUCAGAGAGUAAGUCACAAUGCAAUCUCACUCAGAGGACAACGUCAAGAGGCACCGUCCUACACAUCUGCUCCUUCCCGCCCUCCCAUGUUUUCCUCUACAUCCCCAUCGCCAUCACGGUGGUGGAUGCGCUCACCAAUACCACAGUCUUCCAGCGGGAAGUAAAUAUAGAAGAAACAGAAUUACCAUACCCUCCGAAGAACAUCUCUGUUGAAAAAACUGGGAAAGCUGAGGAGCUUCUGGUGAGGUGGAAGGAAGAGGAAGGCAGGACGAAGAGUCAAGAGCAGUUUGAGAUCCGAUACUCCUCCCAGACACAGCCUGAGAGGAGAACAGUGGUAGACCGUCCGGUUAGACUACCUAAUGCUGUGCUGACAUCUUUGGUCUCUGGAGAAGUGUGCUGUGUGCAGAUGAGAGUCAAGUCCAGAAGGAAAGGAUUCUGGAGUGACUGGACAGAACCUGUCAUGGCCAUGGUCCCUGAAAAAGCAGAGGAUACAGGGUUCCUGUGUUACACCUCCGACCUACGCACCAUCCAGUGCCAAUGGAACAAACAAGCCCAGAACAAUGGCAGCAUCAACGACGAAGAGGUCACCAUCUUCUACAGAGAAAAAAAUAGCAGCACAUGGGGAAAUUGGACACUUUGUACUAAGAACCACAGAAGCACCCCGAGCUGCAGUUUUGAUGGACAGUCUGGAGCCAUCCAAGUCAGCCUCCACACGGGCUCUGGCCCACUCAAUCGAACAUUCUACACUGAAGAAUUUACAGUGAACAACAGAAUUAAGACUGAACCACCGACAGCACUCCGGGCAGAGCCAGAAAGAGAGAGGCUUCAUCUACAAUGGGACUGUCCUUCUGAGAUCCUUGCAAAGCACUUGAUAUAUGAAAUACGCUACCGCUCUGAGGAUGAGAAUGCCUGGAAGCACUUUGUAUGGAAGAGCCCAAAGACCAGUACAUAUCUACAUGAGCAAGCAAGCAGUCAAUACUUCAUCCAAAUCAAAUCCAAGCCCAAUGGUUCUUUCUACAAGGGAGACUGGAGUGACUGGUCUAGCAUGUUAACUGUUGAAGAAUCCUGGAACUAUGGCUUGGUGUUCAUCGCGUGCAUUCCACUUGCAAUCCUUCUCCUAUCGGCUGUGGUUGCCUCUGUGUUUUCACAGUACUUCAGUAAAGUCAAACGGUAUCUGUGGCCACCAGUCCCCAGACUUGACAAGAUUCUGGAGAGUUUUCUAGCAGAGGGGCCUCAAUGGGAACCCACAUUCAGCAUUAAGCAGUGUGAUGAUGAAACCCCUGCUUCAGUGGUGGAGAUACUGUCUGACAACCCUACCAGUUCUGACACCAUCCAGGGGAUCACAGUCUGCACCUCUGGCCUUGAAACAGGCUCCUACAGUCGGGUUCCUCAGAAAGAAGAAGGUGGUCCAGUGGUGGAGGGUUGUCUGGAAGCAGGCCGUGACUAUGUAACCCUGACCACCGAAGUCAUCCCUUGUCUCCACGGCAACGAGUAUGUGUACGGCGACAUAUCGGUUUCGUGCUCGGCGGAGGUGCAAUGCCACUGCACAAACACACAAAUCCACACUUCCCCUGUCUCAGGCCUCACCGCAACCAGCAUCUUCAACCACUCGUAUCAGCUACUCCCAGAGCGCGAAGAUGGCUGCGAGAAUGAGAACCUCACGCAUUACACCAACCUAGAUGCCGCAGUUACGGGCACUGCCUGAAGCCUUCAGACAGAGAUAAAGAGAUCAGAUGCACAGAACAGUGUGAACUGGACAGAACAGCCACGCACAUCCAUUGCAAAACAUUUUUUUUUCUCUGUGGCUCUGCCAUUAAAGGCUGUUGCAACAUGCACCAGGUAUAAGCAGUCCAAUUACAGCGAGUCCUAAAUCAUCAGUAGGCCUACACUCGAAGAAGACAACCGUCUGGCGUAAAGAGUGAUGCUGAGUUCCAGAUACUUUCACACAAUGAUUACUGAGGGAAUGAGGCCCUACAUGCAGACUUGUUGAAGUCCAGAACCUUUAAGUGAUAGGCCUCCUUAAAAACAUGAUUGGGGCCAGACUCUCAGUUGUCCAGCAUAUUGUAUCAGAGGUGGAAAAGUCCAGCUUCAGAAAGUAGAAAUCCAUGUGCUGGACUUUCACUCUGCAUUGUGUAAAGUAGUUGUACCCACAGGGAAAGCAGUGUAAAUAGGAGGGGGACUCUUGAAACAGUACUAGCCUACAUAUACAAGUAUAAAUAUAUUUUAAUGCUUAUACUGUUUGUUGUGUUUUGCAGUGUUUGUGAUGCAAGAAAUGUCAUGUGAUUCAGCAACAUUUAAAUAAUCUGUGUACAUAUUCUUCUUGCAGAUAUUGUCAGAACAACCGUGUAUAUUGUUAGAAGGACAAAAUCCCUGAGCACUGGCUGUUUUCGGACAAAUAUAUCAGACUUCAAAAGUUAAGAUCACACACACUGGUAUAAUAUCAUGGAUUGUUUAUUUAGAGCGAAUGGCACAUUUAGCUGUCAGCGUCUUCAGGUUUGCUCUAUUGUGAUGAUCUUUGAUAUUGAACAAUGCAAAAUGUGUUAUUCUACUGUAAGUGUACCCUUCUUUCUUUUUGUGGAAAAACAUGCAGAAAACCCAUGGUAAACAGCUAUAGUCAUCAGGUACUAUUAAUGCACAAAUGUGAGGCCCAGAACCAAACUCAGGACCAUGGGAGACAGGGCUUUCUGUGCUGCUGCCCCGCGUCUAUGGAAUGCCCUCCCUGACACCUUGAGGGCACCACAAUCCAUUGACUGUUUUAAAAAAGACCUAAAGACAUUUCUUUUUAGCAAAGCUUUUGGUCCCUUUUAGAUGUUCUUAAACCUUUUUCUUUUUCCUCUUUUUGUUUUCUUUUUAAUGAAAUUGCUCAUCUUAUUUUUGUUUUUAACCUGUAGCACUUUGAGAUCUCUGAUGUAAAGUGCAUUAUAAAUAAAAUGUAUUAUUAUUAUUA